CCCUCGAUGGAAAUUGGACCUAUGUGACAUGUGCAUACUGGUGAGAGUACGUUUCUAAUAGUUCAUUGUUCUUUUAUAUAGGUUAUAUGACUUUUACGCUCGCACAUAACUCCAAAAAAUGAUUAAAAAAUUGUUGGAACGAUGGUUCAUAAGAAGCAAAAUAAAAAACAAACAAGAAGCCUUGAACAUUAGACGAAAACUUGCGAUAAUUUAUGCUAUCGUGGGAUGGAAUAUGUUUGGUGUUUUGUUUUACAAAAUUAUAAAACAUAAAAUGCCAGAAGACCCUACAGAACGAAGAUUAUCUUAUCGACUUUUAAGUGAGACACCUAGUAAUAUGCAUGUAUAUCAAGUAACAGGACUGACACUUACCAAUGAUUUUGAUAUUGUAUGUAAGGACGAGAUUACUCAGGAAAAAGAGAAUAAGAAAAAUAAAAAAGCGAUUGCUAAUGAAAUUUAGGGAAGAGAUCUUCGUAAAGCAAUAGCACCA